AUGUCGGACGACUCGGAAAAUGACUACGACACCAUCACGCAUACAGAGUCGGGUCGUGGUGUCAAACUCCUCUACUCCAAGAGCAAAGUCUAUAUACACCCAACCCCAUCCUCCAAAGACAACAUACCAGGCUUUAUAGCCCUCUUGCAACAGAAGGGUGUCCGAAAUGAGCGUCCCACGUCGUCGAGCUCGCGGGCUUCCACGGCUCCCGCCGCCUCCGAUCUCCUGCUUGCCUGGGUUCCCGAGGCCAGUCUGGGCGAUGCCGCUAGCAUCUACGUCAAGGUCGACCUGACGGAUGGAGAGUCGCCGCCCAAGCAGAGCUACCUCGUGCCUCCCAUCCCCACCGUGACGACGCAUCGCGGCUCCAUCGGACACUAUGCCUUUGCCAUUCCCGUCAGCGCCAUCUAUUCGUUGCUCGUGCGGCCGCCGAGUCUCGGUUGGUGGUUUGGCAGCGUAGUGGUCAAUACUCGGGCUGGAGAUAGCUUCCCUGCCCUGUUCUUCCACGAUAGCGAAUGCCAGAGCACGAUUCUACAAAAGAAGAAACGAGCCAAGGAUAGUUUUGAUCCGUUUGGCGAGCAUGGGCAAAUGUUCUGGGGUGGUGAUGAGGUGCUCAGGUGGCUCAGGAGGUACGUCAAGAUCGAAAGGAGUGAAGCGGAACCGAAUAUCUACUUGGUGGAGCCGAGCAAGGAAGACAGCGAGGCCUUUGGCGGCAAGCUGACGAGCAGCGCGUCGUCGCCAAACGACCGGAGGAACAGCUCGAGGGGUGCCAACAUUACAGGUGCCGCCGGAACUGGAGCUGCCGGUCCUAGUGGUCAGGGUGGCAGCGAUGCGCAGAUGGACCCUUUUACAAAAUUCGUCAAGGAGACAGGAUGGAACAUUAUGGAGAAAUUCAGCAAGGUUACCACUUUCACCCGGCGGACGGCGCAGGACGUGUUGGAGAAUCCAAAGAUGCCGCCUCAGGUGCGCCGACUGAUGCGCAACCCCGAAGUUCAAACUCUCCAGGAGGAAUUUGACAGCGCCAGGAUAUAUCUAGCCAGAUGGGCCAUGGGAAUUGCCGAACAGAGCGAACGUGAUAGAAAUCAGAGGGUCUGGACCGCCCGUGAUGUCUUGGAGUUGGAAGAUACCGAGGUUGGAGAAUUUGAGCUACUGGAAACCACUGACAUGUCCCUCGAGGAUCGGAGAAAACCCGUCACUAUGAAGGAAUGGAACACAUUUUUUGACGCUAGAACUGGACGGCUGUCAGUUACAAUCGACGAAGUCAAGGAGCGAGUUUUCCACGGAGGGUUGGAUCCCGAUGACGGCGUGCGUAAGGAGGCUUGGCUCUUCAUCCUGGGCGUCUACGACUGGUAUAGCACAUCGGAGGAGAGAAGAGCACAAAUUGCAUCUCUGCGCGAUGAAUACGUAAAGCUCAAGGCUGCAUGGUGGGAGCGGCUGAUUGAUCUUGGUGGUGAAGGUGAAGAGGGAGAAUGGUGGAGAGAGCAGAGAAAUCGCAUAGAGAAAGACGUUCACCGGACUGAUCGUACAGUUCCUAUUUUCGCUGGCGAGGAUAUUCCGCAUCCUGAUCCCGACUCUCCGUUUGCUGACGCCGGGACCAAUGUUCACAUGGAGCAGAUGAAGGACAUGCUGCUCACUUAUAACGAAUACAAUAAAGAUCUUGGCUACGUCCAGGGCAUGUCAGAUCUUCUAGCACCCAUUUAUGCAGUCCUGCAGGACGAUGCGAUCGCCUUCUGGGGCUUUCAACGCUUCAUGGAGCGCAUGGAGCGCAACUUCCUACGCGAUCAGUCGGGGAUGCGCAAUCAACUCUUGACAUUGGACCACCUUGUUCAGUUCAUCGACCCCAAGCUGUAUCUCCACCUGCAGUCGGCCGACAGCACCAAUUUCUUCUUUUUCUUCCGCAUGCUACUCGUCUGGUAUAAACGGGAGUUCAAGUGGAUGGACAUUUUGCACCUUUGGGAAGUUCUAUGGACCGACUAUCUCAGCAGUAGCUUUCAUCUCUUCAUCGCCCUCGCUAUACUGGAGAAACACCGCGAUGUUAUCAUGACCCAUCUUCAGCAUUUUGAUGAGGUGCUCAAAUACGUAAAUGAACUGUCAAAUACCAUUGAUCUCGACUCCACUCUCAUUCGAGCAGAAGCUCUCUUCCAUCGCUUCCAGCGUAGGGUCGAGGCCGUGGACAAGAAGCAAAACUUUCCCAAGCCCAAAACGUCACGGCAGAGUAGCAGCUCUUCGGCGCCGCAAGGGGAGUCUGGAGAUCCUUCGGCAACCAGCAACGGAAAGGCCAAGGAGGAUGCUGCUCCCAAAGUGAUCAGCCCGGAGCUCCGCAAGCUGCUGAGCAGGGAGGUGGAAGUGCUUCCGCGAAAGGUUGUUCAGAAGAAGGGUGACGGGUUUACCGCAGACCUCCGCAGGUAA